AAGAAAGAUAAAAGCUGUAAUCUGCAUCCUGUGGUCAUGAUAUUUUUGAGGACAGUCAAUAUUUUCCACAGUCGAUCUGUCACGAGUCGAUGGUUGUGGCCGGCGGUGGAGAGUGGUUCUGGAGCUGGGACUGUGUGUUAGUGUUAGUCAGUCAGGAUGAGCGUGGAGGUUCCUGCGGGUCUGAGCGAGCUGCUGAAGAGCUACACGCUGGAGGUGCUGAAGCGGAGGCCGGCGGACCUGCUGGAGUUCUCCGUGCAGUACUUCACCUGUCUGAGAGAGCAACGCAGCUCCAGCCGUCUCAGCCGCUCUCCGGUGACCCGCGGCGUGGCCUUCGACCAGGACUCCGCUCCCACUGACUCCGGCGAGGAGGAAGAGCAAAGACACCAAGCAGAAGAUGAGGAGGAGGAAGAGCAAAGACACGAGGAGGAGGAGGAGGAGGAGGAGGAGGAGGAGGAAGAUGACUUCCCAGAUGACUUUACAUUCAAAGGUCCUCCACCCAGUAAAUGCAACAGACGUGUAUCAGUGUGUGCUGAGCCGUAUAACCCUGAUGAAGAUGAAGACGAGGGUAGCGAGUCGAGGGUCGUUCACCCCAAAACUAAUGAGCAGCGUCAGCGUCUACAGGAGGCCUGCAGGGACAUACUGCUGUUCAAAACCCUCGAGCAGGAUCAGUUCGCUGAGGUGUUAGACAGCAUGUUCGAGGUGCUGGUCAAACCAAACGAGUGCAUCAUCAAUCAGGGAGACGAUGGUGAUAAUUUCUACGUCAUUGAGAGGGGUGUGUUUGAUAUCCUGAUUCAGAAGGACGGCGUGAGCCGCUGUGUGGGGUGCUAUGAUAAUAAAGGCAGUUUUGGUGAGCUGGCCCUCAUGUACAACACGCCGCGCGCCGCCAGCAUCAGAGCCACUCAGGAGGGGGCGCUGUGGGCACUGGACAGAUCCACUUUCCACAGACUCAUCGUGAAAAAUAACGCAAAGAAGAGGAAGAUGUACGAGAGUUUCAUCGAGAGCGUCCCGCUGCUGAAGUCACUGCAGGUAACAGAGCGCAUGAAGAUCGUUGAUGUGGUUGGGAUGAAGACGUUCAGUGACGGAGAGCAGAUCAUACGCCAGGGAGAUUCGGCCGACUGCUUCUACAUCGUGGAGUCUGGGGAAGUCAGGAUCUUGAUCCGAAGCAAAACUCAGGCGGGUCAGAGGUCACAGGAGGAGGUGGAGGUGGCGCGCUGCUCCAGGGGCCAGUAUUUCGGUGAGCUGGCGCUGGUCACUAAUAAACCCCGAGCGGCGUCUGUGUACGCAGCAGGAGAGACCAAGUGUUUAGUGAUCGACGUGCAGGCCUUCGAGCGUCUGCUGGGCUCCUGUAAGGAGAUUCUGAAGAGGAACAUCCAUCAGUACGAGCAGCAGCUGCUGGCCGUCUUCGGCUCCAGCGUCGACCUCAAACACUGAAACACAUCCGCUCUGUCAGAAGACCAACAGCUCCUUCACACACAAGACAACGAGAUAACUCCACCUCGGAGAUCUCAGACACUGA